GCGCGAGCGAAGGUAAACAAAGGGUGACAUCGGAAAAUCUGUGAAAUUCUGGAGUAAAUUACAACUUUUCCCAUCUUUUGUGCUUCUUUCCACCCUCAUCAUGUCUGGCUACACAGAGGAGUACAUCCGGCAGAAGCUAACCGAGCGCCUGGAAGCCACGCAUGUGGAAGUGAUCGACGAGUCGGACGGUUGUGGAGGCAAGUUUCGAGCGAUCGUAGUAUCACCGCAGUUCCAGAGUAAAGCACUGCUUCAACGCCAUCGCCUCGUAAAUGCUGCCCUUGACGAGGAGCUGAAGGCAAUCCACGCAUUUUCACAGAAAACAUACACCCCAGAACAGUGGGCCAAAGAAUCCAGUGGAGAGCAGCAGUAAGACGAGAUCCGUAAUAUUUUUCAAACCACCAACCAACACAAUCAGCCAGCAAUUGCCACGAACACCAUGACCGACCCAACGGCAGUGAAACAGUUUGAAGUGUCCGCACCCGGUAAGGUCAUCUUGCACGGUGAACAC